AUGCUUUUCCAGAGUGCACUGCGUAAACAGCACCCCGGAGGCUACCAGGCGUCACCCGACACGACGAAACCUGUGCCGAGCGCAUAUGAUGUCAAGUGUGCCUUAAAGCUUAUCUGCGUUGGCCAGUUUGUAAACACACCGACAUCAUCUAGCUAUGGUGUUGAUGACAGCACGCACCUGGCUGACCUUCUUGACCCCAGUUUCAAACAGGAUCAAGUGGAAGGUCAGGAGCCCGAGGAGCUUGAGAACUUGUUUGUUUAUGCACUUACCACAGAAGAGUGCGAUAUCCUUGCGUACUUGGGAGGCUUUUUGCUGAAGUCAGUCAUCGGUUUUCUUGGAGAGUGCAAAGACUGUGAAAGAGCCCUGGUUGGCGAUGCAACAGGCCAGUACAAUGCUCUUAUACAGCUGAAAGAGUAUGUCAAGAAUAGCGGAAAGCUCAUCCAGCCAAGCCAAACAGUGAUGCAAGUUUUAAUCGAAUGUGAGGAAAACUUUAAGACUUUCGCAAACAUGAAUGAGAUCCUGACUCUCAAAGCUCCAUUUACAGGUAUCCUGAGUGCCUUGCGGAAGUCUGGGGCUAUGAGAUUAGGGUGUUGUGAUGCGCAUGAAUCAAGGGCAUGCAAAAUGCUCCUUGAGAAGUAUGUGAGGACAAGACUUAAGAUUCAUCUCCGACAGCAGCAUGCGCAGAGGGUGAACGGACAGUCCAGCAAAACCUGUGCCGCUGCUAAUCUUAUCUGAGCCGUGUGUGGCGUCUCAGUGGUUAAUUUAAUGCUGCUGUG